UUCUAUCAUAAGAGAAGUAUUGUAAGAAUUCGAACUGCUUGUAUGCGGAGACUGAGACUGUUGUGAGCGGCUUACGAAGGCGGGGCAUCAGUGGACUGCCUGCGGGGCUAUUGCGAUGGCCUUUCGUUGGACCCGCCCACACGCAGCCGAUUGAGUCAAUUGAGCGACCGGUCGGCCAGGCGGCCGGUUGGUGUAUAACAAGGUACGACGUACCUUCUGGGGUAAAGGGCCCGCGGCUGCCGCGCAUACUCAGUCGGAUCGCGUGGCAAAGCACGUAAUUCAAAUUGUGGAUGGAUCUGACGGAUCAGGGAUCAUGCACACGCUCGAACACGCAGUUAUUCCCGCGCCAACCAUUUCGCGCACUCACACGCUGCGCCCGUUCACACAGUCGGACAGACACUCAGUGGCAUAGAGGUUCAGAUCCACAUAGAAAGAGGUACCGACCAUAGAUCGGAUGUACUCAGGCAGUAACGGCGACAUCGUCCGAAAGAGAUUAUCAAGAACAUGCCGGCAAUCCGUUCAGUGACGUAGCGAGAUUGUCGUGAAAUUGGACGUUGACAUUAAGCAAACGCCGAAACUCAGAUCUACUUACGCCCAAAUUUACGGGUCUCCCAGUGUCUAUUCAAGAAGCCACUUACGAAGAAAGACGAUGCGUUCCUAGCUAACACAUUGCUUUUGUCUAUGGAAAUAUUCGCUAAUACACAGAUUGGUCAAGAGGCACAGUGGCUACUUCCGGUUAGAGAGUAUCAAAUACGACGAUUCCGCAAUCACAAAAAGCUCAAACGAGGUAACACAGGAACAGCCAACAACAGCUGUUGUUGCGGCCGCGUGCGGCACGCAGGUUGGCCAUAGUAUCGGGAUGUCCUUUGUUUAUUUCGUUGAAUAGUAAUAAUUACUGUUAUCAGUUUUCAGUUAAAAGGAACAUUCAGUGAAAACAUGAUAGUGGAACACGAUAAUUAUAUACCUACGGAGUGAGUAAGACGUUUAUCAUUGAUUGUUGUACUGUAAAACUAUACGUAUACUUCAGAUUGUCUUCGAAGUGUCACGUGAAGUCGACUAGGGAAGAAAUGAGACUGUUGCCAUUUGUAAUAUUUCUAUUUCUACUUGACGGCUACUCAGCAUCCAGUGAUUCGAACGUGACGCUGGUAAGAAGCUCAGAACGCUUUCAGGUGAAGUGUCCUACUGUGCCAACUAGAAAAAGGGUUCGUGAUAUCGUAUGGUUCAAGGACAAUCACACACACCCUAUCUACAGAUAUAGUGCUGACAAUGCCGUAUCAUUGUACGGUCACCCAACGAUACACCAGCAUCAACCACUAGAAAUGUGGAAAGGUCGCGUGUUCUCCUUUGUUGAAGACAAGGAACAACCAAUGCUUACGAUCGGCAAGGCAAAUCCGAGCGACUCGGGGGUAUACGUUUGUCAGGUGACCCUUUCAGAUCGACAUUCGUUAGCGACUUCGACCACUGUUCUCAUUGUUGGCGACUCGAAUCGUCCAGAGUUGUUUUAUACGGAAACAGGUCAACGCAUCAAGGCUUUCGUGGGGCCUAUGGUCGAAGGUGAUGAUUUAAGGGUAACCUGCGUUAUACAGAGAGGAUUUACUCUGCAGUGGUUUCUGAAUGAGCGUCGGAUUUCCGAAGGUUACCUCACUACAAAAAGCGCUACAAGACUUUCAGCCGGAGUUCGUAUUGCCGGCCCAUCAGCCAAUUCGUCUGUUGUCCAGAGCAAGCUUUGGCUUAAGGCUCUGACCAGGGAUAUGCAUGGCGCCGUGUUAAAAUGCGCGGCAUACAACGAGGAGCACAAUUUGACCACACCGGUAUCCGCGGCUAUAUCACUGUGGACUCGUCCAGCGGAGAUGCGCAUCCAGUCUCGAACUUUUUCCGCUGGAGUUCCAGCUAGCGUUGAGUGCGAGAUUGUCGGAUCUAGGCCGGUUCCUGAAGUAACGUGGCGUAUUUCUGGCCGGCCAGGACAACUUGCAUCGACCUUUACGCACGUUUCAAAGGACAACGCGAUUACUACUUCUGUGGUAACAUUUGUCCCAACAGAAGAGGACCAGGGCAGAACCUUAAUCUGCGAGGCGCAAAAUCAGGCCCUUCACAACUUCCCUGGAAGUUCGGCUAAUCAGACACUUGUUCUCAAUGUAUUCUAUAAACCCAAUGUAGAAUGCCAUACAAAUCGGUUAGGUCCAUUGGAAGAAGGGACAAUAUUGGUGAUCUACUGUAAAUAUCGCGCGAAUCCGGAAACAGCUGAAAUUAUCUGGUAUAAGGACGGGGCCCGCCUCGAACGAAACGCUCCUGUGCUUGUAGAGCAUUCUGUUCGAGGUAAACACUCAGGACGUUACUCGUGUGAAGCCGUCAAUGCCGAAGGCGCUGCAAGAUGUCAAGAGAUUGUCAUCGCCGUGAACUCAGCACCCCAGCCAACUGUUUCCCGAUCGUCGGUAUCUCAUCUCAUACUUGCCCAAAUGAUAAUCGUCUUUGCCGUUGCCCAGACGCUACUGCACCGCGGCUGCUGAAAACGAAUUCGACAAAAACUGGCAGCCAAAUGGCUUUUUAAGUUGAGACAAAAGUCUUCGUUUGUGAAAACUUAUCUUCUCAGUUAACACAAUGUCAAUAAGACUGAUCAUUAUUAAUAAUGGUAUCAAUAGAAUACAUAUAAAAUCAAAACGAAUACAGAAUUAAUUAUAA